UCCUUAACAGCCUCCUCGUUCGUGUUUUUUGCAUUUGACCAAGCACUUUUUCGCCGGAAAUCAACCAUGCCUCGCCGUAGCUCCGGUGGCCGCAGCUCUGGAGGAAGGUCAUCCUUGUUCUCUUCUCGCCCUGCUGCCGCUACUACAUCGCGGAAGUCUUCUGCACCUGCACCAGUUGCUUCUGCACCUCCACCUGCUCCUAUGCAAGCUGGAUCUCCUAUGGGAGGAGGAAUUGGUGCUGCAGUUGCUGAUGGCUUGGCAUUUGGUGGUGGCAGUGCCAUUGCACAUAGGGCUGUAGAGGCUGUUGCGGGUCCUCGGACCAUAAGACAUGAGACGGUGGCCUCCCCAGCCUCUGCCCCUGCCCCUGACUCAGCAACCAUGGCAACAGGCAGCAGUCUUGGAGUUUCUGAUGCAUGUGGCAUUCAUAUGAAGGCCUUCCAAGAUUGUUUGAACACCUAUGGGAGUGAUAUCAGCAAGUGCCAGUUCUACAUGGAAAUGCUGUCUGAUUGCCGCAAGAACUCUGGCGCUGGUCUGACUGCUUGAUGCCAUCCCUGGUCUUUUACUUCAUUUGUUCUAACUGGUGCCCCAAACUAAGUCUUUUAUGGUUCUGCUUCUAGAUGAUGAUAAUAGUGUGUAUUUGGGAGAUAUCACUAGUAGUAACGUAGUCUUUUGAUGCGCAGCCAAUGCUUGAUAUGGUUGUUGGACGUGUGAUAUUAUCCAUCAUAAAAUGACGUCGCUUUGACCUUCAUUGUCA